AUGUAUCCCGCCCGCCUCAUGACCCGAGAGACGAGGACGAGCUCGGCAUCGGACCUGCGCGAGUCGGUGAAGGUGCCGGAGGGGAGCGACACACGCCGGAGCAAGAAGGAGCGUAAGCGGGAGGAGAAGGAGGCCAAGAAGGAGGAGAAGCGACGGGAGAAGGACCGUGCGCUGGUGAAGGCCGCGCACGAGGAGAAGCGCGUGUCGUCGUCGCCCGGCGACCUGAACGCGGGCGCACAGCAGCACAGCACCAUGAGCAGCAGCAGCGGCAAGACGCCCACCAAGGCGGCCAAGGCCAAGCGCACGCGCACGGACAUCUCAUACGCGAUGGUGCUGGUGGACUCCCUGCUCAAGGCCGGCGCCAAGGUCGAGGUCGCCGACGACGAUGGCGUCACGCCCCUCCAAGAAGCGUCGUGGGGUGGUAGCGUGAGUAGCGUGCGGCUGCUGCUGGCGGCCGGGGCCGACCCCAACUCGCGGGACGUGGAGGGCAACACGUGCCUGCACAAGGCGGCCUUCGUGGGCAACUACGACGCCAUCCUCCGCCUCGUGGAGGCCAAGGCCGAAAUCGACGCCACCGACGCCGAAGGCGGUACUCCGCUGCACAACGCCAUCUACAACGGCCACUACGAUUGCGUGUGCCUGCUGCUCCAGCUGGGUGCCGACAUCGACAAGGCCGACGGGCACGGAAACUGUCCGGUGCGGUUCGCCGUGUCGCGGGGCGACGGACACAUCCUCCAGCGCCUCCUCGAGGAGCGCGCCAACCCCAACCUCAAGGACACGAGAAAGGGACUCGCGCCCGUUCACGUGGCGGCCUACCGCGACCACGCCCUGUGCCUGGGGCAGCUCCUCGAAGCCGGCGCCACCCUCGACUCGCGCGCCUCCGGUGGCAUGAUGGCGAUCCACUACGCGGCGUUUUCGGGCGCGAUGUCGGCCCUCAUGAUGCUGCUGGGCUGGGGCGCCGCCAUCGACUCGGUCGACGCCGCCCGCAACACGCCGCUGCACUACGCCAUCGCGCAGGAGAACUACGAGAUGGUUCAGUUCCUGCUCUACCACCACGCCAACGUCAACCACAAGAACCUCGAGGGGAAGACCCCGCUCCACUUCGCCCUCGAGAUCGGAGAACUGGAUUCCUGCAUGCAGAUGGUGAACUGCCUCAUGACCAAGGGUGCGGACACAGACGCCAAGGACGUGGCGGGCACCACGCCCAACCAGAUGGCGCGGGAGCGGGGCAUCACGCUCACCCCCGUCCAAGACGCCUGGAGCCUGCGCGGCAAGGGUCGCACCACACCGAGCGUGUUCCCGAGCGGCGGUGGUGGCGGUGGCGGUGGCAUGGGAGGUGGAGGCGGCGGGAUAUUGGGCACCUUCUUCCGACCCGCCAUCAGCUGCCGCUACCCCGCCCUCGACGUCGACCUUAAUAAUCCGCGGGAGUUGGCGGAGCUGGUGCGGAAGGACACGGAGGGGCAGGCGCCGGCGGUGUGGCUCAACAUCCUGCGGCACCUCAUCCUGCUGCCUCUCGACAAGUCCAAGGCGAAUCGGCUGUGGGACAUGCUGGAGAAGUUCGUGCAUCGGGUGGUGCUCGCCAAGCCCAAGGACUUCCGCGACAAAGACCUGGCCCGCAUCACCUACGAGGAAUUCGAGGCGGCCUUCGCCGAGAGGGCGCAGAAGGACUGCUCGGAGGAGUGGGGCCGCAUCGAGGAGGCCCUCGACGCCCUCUUCCCCAACGUCGACCUGGGCGGACGCAACGAUGACAUAUUGUGGGUAUCGCCCAUCAAGGAGGAGGAGAAGAAGGACCUCGCCGCCGCACCCGCCAAGGGCUACAAGAUAUCCUCCCUCCUCAAGUUGUCGGACAUGCGAGACACGGACAACACGGGCUGGAAUCUCAUGCGCCUCCUCGCCCAGAUUUUGGAGCAACGGAAUCCGAAGCUGCUGGGGCUCGAAUACGACAUGCCCAAUCUGGGCCGCCAAUACAAGGAAUUGGUCAGCGCGGCGAGCGAAGAAGCCGCCACGCUUUCGAGGGGCAUCACCAACGUCGAAGGGUUCGUGCAGGAGAUGAAGGCCCAGGACUCCUCCGAUUCCUUCCCCGGGGUGAUGAGCACGUUCGUCAAGAGGUCGCGGCCGCUCGUCGACGAAAUCCGUGAGGACGCGAAUCAGCUCACCCAAAGGUUCAACGACCUGGCGCUGGCGUUUGGCGAGGUGGCCGGCUCCGAUAUUGUACAAAUCGUGCACGACUUCAACAAGGACCUCACCCACGCCCUGGACAAGAACCGCAAGGAGAUCGAAGCCGCAGCACGCGCCAUCGAGCGGGCCAAGAAGGCGGCGGCGAUGCUGUUGGAGAAGGAAGCCAAGGAAAAGGAGAAGGCCAAGAACAAGCCGGCCCGCGCGGAGGGCACUGACGAUGAGGGCACCGACCACGAGGAGAUGCUCGACGAGGGCCGCGCGGUGAAGCGGGCGCCCCGAACCGCCCACAUGGAACCCGAGGAGCUCAUGAACCUCACCUCCAUGGGACGGAUGCGCCGCAACCACUAA